AUGAAAGCUUCUCCACCCAUUCCUGAGCUUAAUAACAACAACAACAACGCAAGCUCGGCUUUUCCAGAAAAGCUCAAGCAUGACGAAAACACAUUAAAAACUCCAGGCAAACACCGUCACGUCCAUAAAUUCCUAAUAUCCUCCAACUUCUUGUUCGACUAUCGCAGCGACAUCAAGGUCAUCAGGUCGACCAUGUACGAGCCGGUGCUCGAUCGAUGUGUCACAACGACGAUUAUCGAGCCCACCAGACUACCCGUCGAUGAGUUUUCCAUCGAUGAGGACUCCCCGCCGCCCGGAAAACCCGCCCGCAAGCACGGAAAACCGCCCCGCCGGGAUUCACACGAAGAACCGCCGAUAGGGAAAAUGCGCGGCACGGAGAACGGCGACGCCACCACGAUCGACGUCGACCAGAUGACCAAAGAGCAGAACAUCAAGAACAGGAAGCUCGACGCCUCCGUCCAGACGCUCCACCUGGUGCCUUACCGGCUGCGCUUCGUCCCGGGCCUCCGGUGCGACGUCAAAUUGAGCCCGUCGGAGAGGAAUUGCGCCCUGAAGUUGGGCUGCUGCUGCAGGAUAUUCGGCCAGUGGGCGCUCUCCCAGGUCGGGCUGACCGUCGUCGUGGUCAUUUGGGCGCUGCUGGGCGCUUGCGCUUUUUAUUACACCGAGGGUGAACGAGAACUAAAACAAACCGAAACCGUGGCGAAAAUACAAAGAGACCUCUCGGUGGAGCUGGCGACCGAUCUGAAACAGUCCGAGAACCACAACGAGGUGUGGUCGAGAUUGAUACACAAGUACUUCGAGAAGCACGAGAAGCUCUUCUUGGAGGCGGUGGGGGCGGGUUUCGGCGAAGGCGGCGGCGGCACCAUCUGGACCUACCCGGGAUGCGUGCUCUUCGCUGUAUCCCUCUUAACCACUUUGGGUUUCGGCGCUCCCGUGCCGAGAACGACGUCGGGACGCGGGGCGGCGGUGCUGUUCGCCGCCAUCGGCAUUCCCCUGCACUUUCUCCUGAUACUGAACAUGGGCAAUCUGGGCGCCAUCAGGCUGCAACAGCUGGCUUACAGGAACAAAUGUUCGGACGUACCGUCGGCGCCCAAACCCAAAUGGUUGAAGUACUUUCCCUUCUUGUGCAUAUUCUUCUAUUAUUUAUCUGGAGUGAUUCUGUUCGGUUUCGUCCGUCAACGGGACCCCGUGGACUGCUUCAUGUUCCCGCUGGACUUCACCGCAGCCGGCGGCGUAGCCACCGUCGAGGGCCAAACCAGGCUGUUCUACGCCUUGUACUUAGAAAUAGCCGUCACGCUGGCAGCCACUGUGGUGUCGCUGUUGCAAACUUCCGCCAGCAGGGGCAUCGUCGGCUUGGGACUGAAACUCGGCCUGCUGACGAACACCUGA